ACUGACACCCCUCUCUCUCUCCCUCUCUCUCUCUCUCUACCUCUCUCCCUUCUUCCCUGUCUAGACUCUAGAUCGAGGUUGAAGAAGAAGAACUGAACAAGGCAGGUACGAUUCAGUGGAGGUGUUUCUUCGACAAGGUCUCUACUUCCUCUUCCCGGUCUUUGCAUAUUACAAUUUCCUCUUCUCUCUCUCUCUCUCUCUCGGUGCUCAUGCUUCCGCUGCAACUAACUUUUGAGGAAUAACUGGGUUCACACUCAUCUCUUCUCUACUGGGUGUUAAGCAGACAAAGCAACGAAACGAUGCAAGCGAAACAGAAACGUCUCCGCCGGAACACCCGUCUCGUUUCAUCGCAGCUCCUCUUCUUCACCACCACCCACCAACUUCUUCUCCACCUUCGUGUCGUCUUCUUGUUCGUUCCUACCUAAGUUCGCUCUCUGUCUAAGCGGGACCAACCUCUAUCAUGACUAUCACCAUGAAGAAACCUAAAUCCACAAUCUUCAUUCCUUCUCCUUCAUUGCUAACUGUCCUAACCGAAGAUCUACUUUUACGAGUACUCGACAACCUAAUUGACAGCUCUCAUCGGAAAGCAUGGCGUUUGGUCUGCAAAUGCUUCCUCAGACUAGAAUCUCUUCAUCGCAAGGCCCUUCGAGUCUUCCGGCACGAUUCGCUGCCGAAUCUCCUUCGCAGGUACCGACUUCUUGAACUUCUCGACCUGUCCGUCUGCCCCCGUGUUGACGAUGGUACGAUAGCGUUCUCUUUUGGGGCUGAGCCUGGGGGGUUUUGUUGGACCCGGAGACUGACAAAGUUGGUUCUCUCUAGAGCCUGUGGAUUGAGAUCGAGUGGGUUGGAGGUGGUGGUGAAGUCGUGCCCGUCUUUGCAAGAGAUCGACCUCUCUUAUUGCCUGGGGCUUGGGGAUCGGGAGGCUUCUGCUCUAUCGCGUGCUACAGGAUUGAGGGAUUUGAAGUUGGUCAAGUGUUUGGGUGUGACCGAUGUCGGAUUGGCGAAGAUAGCCAUCGGUUGUACUAAGUUGGAGAGGCUUAGCCUCAAAUGGUGCUUGGAGAUAACCGAUCUUGGAAUUGAGCUUCUUUCGAAGAAGUCUACGGGCUUGAGAUCUCUUGAUAUUUCUUAUCUCAAGGUGACGAACAACUCAUUGCAUUCAAUCUCCUAUCUCCGAAAGCUAGAAUCGUUAUCGGUGGUUGGGUGCUCCUUUGUGGAUGACGAUGGAUUGCUUUUCCUCAGAAACCGGAAUCCUCAUCUUCAGAGUAUUGAUGUAUCAAGGUGUGAGAAUGUGACAUUAUCUGGCUUAAUCUCGGUAGUUGAAGGGCACGAAGAGAGUCUGCUUCAGCUUGGUGCCGGUUACUGUUGUUCUGAAUUUGCCGCACCUUUUCUCAACCAAUUGAAGGAGUUGAGAAAUCUGAAAUCGAUUAGAAUUGAUGGGGCUCGAGUAGAUGAUUUCAGCCUUGGGACCAUUGGGGCCAAUUGCAAACACUUGGUUGAAGUUGGGCUGAGCAAGUGUGCCGGGGUGACAGAUGGAGGCAUAGCUGAGUUGGUUGUGGGUCAUGCCAAUUUGAAGGUCCUUGAUCUCACCUGUUGCCAUCUGAUCACUGAUGCAUCAUUGUCUGCCAUCUCGGCUUAUUGUACCAAGCUUGUUUGCCUCAAGUUGGAGUCCUGCGAUUUGAUCACACAGAAGGGGCUGGAGCAGCUCGGAUCAAGUUGCUCGCUACUGGAGGAGCUGGACCUCACUGAUUGUAGUGGCGUAACUGAUAUGGGGCUCAAGUGUUUAUCUACAUGUUCCGAGCUCCUCUACUUGAAACUAGGACUUUGUGUUAACAUAUCAGACAAGGGUCUACAACAUGUGGCAUCAAAAUGCACCAAGCUUCGUGAACUUGAUCUGUACCGCUGCACGGGCAUCGGAGAUGAUGGACUAGCAGCUGUGUCAACUGGCUGCAAGAAGCUGAAGAAGCUCAACCUAUCAUACUGCAUGGAGGUCAGUGAUAGAGGACUCAAAUAUAUAAGCAACCUCAGCGAUCUACAGGACCUCGAGAUGCGGAGGCUGUUAAAGAUCUCAAGCGAGGGGUUAAUGGCAAUUGCUGUGGGAUGCAAGAGCCUGUCGGAAUUGGACAUAAAACGUUGCUACAACAUUGACGAUGUGGGUUUGUUGGCUCUUGCCCAGUAUGCAUGCAACCUCCGACAGAUAAACUUGAGUUAUUGUCCAGUAUCAGAUGCGGGGCUGUUUAUGGCGAUGAGGAACUUGAAAUGCCUUCAAGAUGCCAAGCUGGUGCACCUUGCCCAUGUCUCGUUGGAGGGGUAUGAGCUGGCCCUAAGAGUGUCCUGUGGGAGACUCAAAAAGUUGAAGCUGGUUAGCACCCUCAAGGACUUACUGUCAUCCAACUUACUGCAGAUCCUCAAGGCCCAGGGUUGCAAGAUUAGAUGGAUGGAGAAGGCCUUGAUUCUGGUUUAGAAUGUAGAAUGCGAGAACAAAUUAAACAGUUUCUAUUUCGAGCUUCUGGUGUACAUUCGGGUCUAAUGACUAGCUCCAUUUGUCAGUUCUCUAUUAGAGGAUUCCAGUUCGGUAGUUUCUGAAUGGUUGAACUUGGCACGAGGACAAGAGAGACAAGUUAAUGCCUUCAAUACUUUCCAAUUCGAUGGCUUGUUUGAUUUUUUAAAGGUUCCGCUGUAUUCCACCUUUUGUAUUUGCAUGCGAUGAACGAGAACGUGAGACAUCUAAUCUAUUUUCCUCAGGUUCAAAA